AACACACAAAGCUUUAUUGAAGUAUGAAAGGCACUCAAUCAGGACAGUUCAUGGCACUCCGCAACAUACGGCUUGUAGGGACACUCACGGUAAGCGGGCUCACAGGGGCUCAGUGGGACUUUGGCUGGGGGGCCUGACCUCAGCACAGCUCCCACACAGCUUUCUAGGGACAACAACAUGCUCACGGGGACUCAGCGGGGCCUGACCUCAGCACAGCUCCCACACAGCUUUCUAGGGACAACAUCAGCCUCACGGGGACUCAGUGGGACCUUGGCUGUGGGGCCUGACCUCAGCACAGCUCCCACACAGCUUUCUAGGGACAACAUCAGCCUCAUGGGGAUUCAGCGGGACCUUGGCUUUGGGGCCUGGCCUCAGCACAGCUCCCACACAGUGUUCUAG